GAGAGAAUUAAAUAAUGCCAAUUGUGUUGAAUGGUAGCGUCUUUGCUCGAUUUGUGUACAGAGAGAUUGUGUUCAGCUAAAACGGCAAAAAUUAUAAAUUUUUUCGCUUAAAAAUAUUUAGUUUAGAGCCACGGAUGAACUUUCUAUGGCCCCUGAUUGUUUGAUACUAUAUUUCCACAGAUAAAGCCAUUUGAUAUAUGUAUUUCGAAAUGUUAGAAACAACAGGUGUAUGGCUUAUAAUAUUGGAACAAGAAGAAAAGUCUCUUUUUUCUCAAAAAUCUGACUAAACGUUCAAAAAAACCUAUAUACCAUAUUCUCAUGAUAAGGCUUGAAAAAAAAUGAAUGAAAAAGAAUUUCGUGAAUGAAUACAGCAAUGUCUUUUUGGCAAAAAAAAUUGAUGGGCAUUAGUCGGAAUCUAUGUUCAAAGUGAGUGCUGUGCGAGCUCAAAAUUGAUCAAAAUCAACAACGAACAACGAUUCUGAGCAGUGUUUGCAGAUGUUCUAUGGUUAUAAAUCCGAUUUUUUGGGACGAAACAUAACUCCAUCAUUUCACACUGGAGUCCAAUUGACAGUCAGCCGAGUGGACUGCACCUCAUGAACCAAACUCCAAAGCGUAUAGCAUCAGUAUUUUGGGAUGCGCAUGGUAUAAUAUUCAUGGACUGCCUUGAAUAGGUGAAACUUAUUGGAAUUUACUGAAAACGCGCCCAUUUGUCGAAGAAGAAGGUGUUUUUCCAUCCAGACAAUGCACAGUAUCACAAAUCAAUGAAAACGAUGUUAAAAUGGCAUGAAUUGGGCUUCGAAUUGCAUCCGCAUCCACCGUAACCUCCAGAUCUGCCUCCCAGUGACUUUUUUCUGUGGUCAGAAUUCAAGAGAAUGUUGGAAGGAAAUUAAUUCAACGCCAACGAAGAGGCCUUUUUUGUAGGAAAAGUUAAGUCGUUCUAUAAAUAUUGUAUAAAAAAUUUUAUGACUGCUAUAAUCGUUGGAUCGCCUUCGAAGGCAGCUAUAUUGAAUAAUAAAAUCAAAUUUUCCCAAAAAUGUUUUCCAUAUUUGCCUAUGACUUUUUCAACCCACCUGUUCUAUGACAAAUGUCAACACUUGACUACGUUGAAGUAGCCAUUUGUCAAAUAACAGUACUUUCCAACCUCAAACUUCUGGAUAGACACCGUAUUCAUAUUUCUCGGAAAUAUACAACUGCAUGUCUCAGAAUUGCACUCGAUCUGACCUGCAAGAUUGCUCAACGCAUCUAUGAUUCACGUAUAGAUGCUCUUCUCGAUGCUCUCAGACUAUUCCAGGUAACCUUUCAAGGCGGUAUCUUCAUUUUUUCUCGAUAUCUUCCGGUCCAAUUCGAAAUCCGCCAACCGAUGUGAGUAAUACACUAAAUAAUGAGACACCAUCGACGUAAGUUGAUUCUAUUUACACAAAACCAAGCUUUGUUUAUAUAAAGUUGUAUCCUACACGAUGGCUUUGAGUAUAUAUUUUCGGACCAGCCUUUUAGCAGUCAUUGUUGAAUCUUUGAGUGAUAGCGUGAGCAGAGUGCUGUGCACAAUGAGGGACUUCGUGGUAUCUGUUUUGGUUAUACUGGUUACUUUGCUUAUGAUUUGUCAAGCACAAAAAGCAACCCGUUCAAGAAAACAACGCAGAACGAGAUUCAGACCAAUAGAUUUAAAUGAGGAUUGUUACGGGAUUCAGUGUACAUCUCCGAGCACAUAUCCAGAAAAACACAUCAACAAAAUGGCUAGAAAGAGGAAAAUACAGCCUUCAUUUGGCAAUGUCUUCCAGCCUUCUACUAUGUUCCAGCUGAAGCUCAGGUCACAAUUUGAAGAAGAUGAUGAAGAAGGAGAGAACGUGUGUGCAUAUAAAGAAGUGACAGUAUUCCCAAAAACUGCCAAAGAUGAAGAUUACAAGCUUAGGUUUAUUGUCAACACCAAAGAGCACCAGCAAGGCAUAACAUACCAGCUUUGUGUAUCUAAAGAAUCUUUCAUCAACAAAAUGCUGCUGAAUUAUUACUUCUUCUGCAAACAGAACUACAGCACAGUCAGGUUAUUAUAUCUGACAGAUGAUGGAAAUUUAGAGUAUGGAAAAUUUCCAGUACCAAGUGCUUGUGUGUGUUCCUAUAAAAUUAAGAAAUGAUGAUAACUAUUGACUUAUGUUUUUUACGAAUCUCGAUGCAUGAAAUGUGAUAAUAUAUUUUUGUAAAUUUCCUGUAUAUAUGAUUUUGUAAUUAAAGAGCUAUUUAUUGCA